GGUGAUGGACUCUGGGGUGCCCGGCUUCCAGUCUCAAGCUGGUGUUCCUCAACCCCAGCUGUGUCUCCCAGAUCCUAGCCGGAGCUGUGACUGUGCCCACUGAGUGGACUGCCUUGACAGGUAGUGAGCGCCCCAUCUCUGGAAGAAUCCAAGAAGGACCACCAUGGAGGAAAGCCCAUACUCAGGGUUCUCAGAGUCGCCCAGGAAGCGGUGCUGUGGGUGGGGGACACGGCUUGCACUGCUGGGGCUGGCGACUGCCGCCCUGUGGGCCGGGCUGCUGUCCCUGCUUCUUAUGUGGCACUGGGACACCCUGCGGAGUCUGAGACUGCUGCAAGAGACGACUGCCCGCAACGUCUCUCACCUUUCCAAGGACUUGCAAAGACACCAGCAUGACCAGAUGGCCCAGAAAUCCCAGGCUGCCCAGUUGUUGCAGAACAUGGAGGAACUCCGAGCUGAACAGAAGAGAAUGAAAUCUCAGGACUCCGAGCUGUCCGGCAACCUGGACGGGCUCCAAGCGGACCUGAACAACCUGAAGGCCCAAGCCUUGAACGAGAGGCGCGCAGCCGCAGAUGUGCUGGCAAGACUCCAGGAGGAGGUGGCGAAGCUGCGGGUGGAGCUGCAGUUGUCAAAGGGCGCCACAUGCGACACCUGCCCCGAGAAGUGGGUCCAUUUCCAGCAGAAGUGCUACUACUUCGGGGACGGUGCCAAGAAGUGGCUCCACGCGCAGUAUGCCUGCGAGGACAUGGGGGGACGCCUGGUCAGCAUCCACAGCGCGGAGGAGCAGGACUUCCUGAGCAAACGGGCCGACUGGCAGGGCUCCUGGAUUGGCCUCCAGGACCUGGACAGGGAGGGACAGUUCACCUGGAUGGACGGGAGCCCCAUGGGCUACAGCAACUGGUACCCCGGGGAACCCAACAACCAGGGCCAGGGCGAGGACUGCGUGAUGAUGCGGGGCUCGGGCCAGUGGAAUGACGCCUCCUGCCACAGCAAGCUGGACACCUGGGUGUGUGAACAGCUGGCCACAUGCGGGCCACCCGCCACCUCAACCCCCGAGGGGCCCCCAGGAACUACUCCGAGCCUUUGACCUUGACAGCUGCCUGCCCACUCCCUCUGUGGUCUUCCCCCCGCCACCCCUCACCAACAUGGAACAGCCAGGCCCAGAGCGGGACCCUCAGGACCCUCCGCUGAGGCCUGGAUGCCUCUGUGGCCGAAAGGGCCCUGUGACAUUUUCACCCCCCCCACAAACUGGGGCAGCUGGCCCACCCCCAGCUCCUCUGCAGCCCCUGCCCCGACAGACUGUCCCCACUACUGCCCUCCCCAGAUGCAGCACCGCAGGACAGGACCCCCAGCUCAGGCAGCGAGACCUCCCGCCCAGCCUGCAUCAACACAAAGGGGCGAUGAUGGCCCCACAACCUGGUCCCCUCCUCAGAGGCCUGGCUGGGUCUGGUCUGGCCUCUAGGUGUGGCAUGUGGCAGCCGUGAAUUCUAGAGCCUGGUGCCUGAGACCACCUUUGACCAUUGUGAGCCACCGAAGUGCCACCAAAGUGCAAUUCAUACCUUCCCCAUCUUUUGUAUGCUUUCCUACUUCGUUACAACAAUGUACUAGGUGGAGCUGGCAGAUGAAGACUCUGGGGUCUGGCAGACUCCCUGACAAUACUAUAGAAGGCAGUGGACCACCCUGAGCCGAGUUCCUCAGUCUAGGGCUGCCGGAGGAGGUUGACACAUGGCAAGUGCCCAGAACAGGGCCUGGUAUACGGAAUGGGCCACUAAGUGCUGGCUGGACAGGUUGAUGGGGAGUUGGAGGCCAGUUCAGGUCUGGAGGUGCCGGCUCCAGCCCCGGGCUAGGCUGGGCUGGGGUCAGCCCAUGCCCGAGGCCACAAGCGGGAGGGAGGGAGGUCAAGAUGGCAGGACAUCCCUCAUCAGACUAUUGCUCAGGCCAGUGCUGGGGUCAUUCAUGCGUCCUCCCUUCCCCCUGAUCCCACCUCCAAGUUCUGUGGGCUCCACCAACCUGACCACGCUCACAAUCGGCUCACAGAGAAAACCAAAGUCCUACAGCAUCCCUCAGUGACCGCAGAACCCAUCCCACCAGCCUCCUCACUGUUCCUUGGACAUGCAGCCUCACCCCCACCCCAGGGCCUUUGCACAUACAGUUCCCCCUGCUGGUUCCAUCCUCUGAGUCUCUGCUCCUGGUGGGGCCCAUCCUGAGUGUCUCCCCACUCCCAUCUGCCCUUAAAUUACACCUCUUGACUCCCUGUCCCCCAGUCCCCACUGUGCUUUCUCACCGUGACACACUUCCCCUUUUAACAAAACCUGCCAUUGACUGAUUUUCUGUCGCCGGCUCUCCAGUUAGAAUGUGAACCUCAGGAGGGCAGGUGCCUUUAUUCUCAGCGUUGUGCCCAUGGCCUGGCACAGGGUAGGUGCUCGAUAAAUGUUUGUCAAAUUAAUAAAUCUGUGUGACC